GUGGCUUAAAGAUAUGCCUGGAUAUAUCUGGAUAUAUCCAUCGUAUGGCAUGGACUUGGUAGCACCGAUUUAAAUCAAGAGCAAAUCGUGUCUUUACAUUUUGUGUCGACUUACAGAAUCGUCGUAGGCAGUGUCAUAACGCCUAGGCCCUGUUAACUUGCGUUUUGGAAUUAUGAAAAGCCUACGAAUACCGCGAAAUCAUGGACAUAAAAUGACAGAAAAUCAACCAUACAAAAUGUACGUAUUUCAGCCAUUUGUAUUCAUGAAACAAAAUGCGAGAAGUGUGGAGCAUCCACAAGCCAGGAGUGGCCACAGGAUUGCCUGCGAUGAGAAGAACUUGUACUCCUAUGGUGGAUUUAAUCCUGGCAUAAUGGACGAUGAUCCUGACAUGAGAGACGAUCAUACAUGGAACUUGAGUAAGCCCCUCUUCAAGGAGCUUUGGAAAUUCAAUCUCGUAACACGUAACUGGAAACGUCUACCGAGACAAGAGAAUAUGCCAAAUGAGGUAGCUUCGAAUGCGAUCAUUUUAAGGGGAGAUGCAUUAAUAGUUCACGGAGGAACAGGUAUACCGUUUGGUAGCACCUGUACAAAUCAAGUUUAUGUUUACGAUGUGAAAGAUGGUUCAAUGCGAAUAGUGCCAGCUACAGGGAACAUGCCAGAACCACAGUAUGGACAAGCAAUUAUUUAUCAUGAUCAUUAUUUAUAUACUGUUGGUGGCACAACAGGAAUUGUUUACACUUGUGACAUCCAUCGAUUCAAUUUGAGAACCGGAAUUUGGGAAAAUGUGUAUAUAUGCAUGGGUAAAGAUCAAGCUGAGCCAAAAGGAAGGUAUCGUCAUGAGCUAGCAUUUGAUGGAAAAAGGAUUUAUGUUUUGGGUGGUGGUACAGCUAUGGAAGCGUUUGGUUUUGCUGAAAUGCCAACUUUCGAUUUAGAAAGUAACAGAUGGAUUACUUUGAAUACCCACGGGUCAGACGAAUAUGACUCAAUUCCUGCACCUAGGCGUUGCCAUGGUUUGGUACAAUACACGGAUGAACUUACUGGUGUUAUAUCGGUAGUCAUUUCUGGCGGUUAUGAUGGCACACGCGUCUUCAGUGAUGUUUGGAAAUUAAAUCUAAAACUUCUUCAAUGGACACGUUUACUAAAAUGCAUUUUACCUUGUCCGGUGUAUUUUCAUUCAACGGCUUUGACUCGUGAGGGUUGCAUGUACACAUUUGGAGGAAUUAUUAGGAUUUCAUCUGAGUCACACAGAACUGAUGCACUUUAUUCUGUUUGGUUGACAAUUCCAAAAUUAUCAGAAAUUUGCUGGGAGGCUUUAAAUUUUUAUAACCAAAAUUUAUGGAGGAGAACACCAAGUGAACUACUUCGGAUGGGUGUGCCAUUAAAAUUUGUAAGAAGAAUCGAGUAAGUUUAGUUGUAGGUAGAAUUUUUAGAAACAAUCUAGAGUGAUUGUCACUCAGACUGGUGUUUUGAAAUAUUCAUUGCACUGACAUUUAUUGUUAAAUUUUAUUAUCAUGUUUAAUUUAUAAUAUUUUUACAAAGCCUUAUAUCUUGAUCAUGUUGAGGUAGGGAGAAAAUACUGUCGAUAGAUUGCAUUGACAUUUUUCUGAAAAUUGUAUAUUGAUAUUUACCAUCGAUUCCUAAAUCUGUCGAACAUUUGUUCUAAUAUAUUUAUCACGCUUUAAAAGCUCGGCAUAACACUGAAUAUGCUUGCAUAAUAACUUGGUUGACACGAAAGAUUUAUAUAAGAACAAUCUGUUCUAAGUAUUCUUGUGUGUAAAGUACAGAAAUAUUGAAGUAAAACUGGUGCUUAUAAAAAUGAUUGUGAUUCGAGCAAACAGCUGACUAGAUUUAACCCUUUGCGAUCAUAUUAACCUCGGAUGAAAGAACUUCAGAGAGCAGACGUAUGACCGCAAAAGUAUAAAAGAAAGUGCGACAUCAUACAACAUUAAAUACAUUCAAGAGAAUAUUUCUUUUAAACAGAAACAAGUAAAUUGGGCAAAAUCGUUGUUUUAUCUCUUUCUGGCACUAAGUUAAUAAAAUGUAUUCUUUUACCCCGAUAUAUAGAUUAUUCGUACGGAGGAUUUAUAAUUUACUUUGAAAGUAUAUUCAAUACCGAUCAUUACAUUUAAAUAUCAAGCACUUGGGAAAACACGCGUUUAGAGAAUCAAAAAGCAUUAGAGUAAGGUACAAAAAGUAACGCAUAAACAAAUAAGAACGUUGCAGCGAACGAUACAUGCCGUUGAAAACGGUGCGUGUGGCGACUGUUAAUUAAUGCCUUCUGCAACAUGAGAGAGAGAAAUCAAUAAUUUGAUCUUCUGUCGGUAACGAAAACAAAAAAGUGUACAUUAUUUUUGUAAUAAAUGUUAUUUAACAUGCGUGCAUUGUACAUAUCGACUGGCUAGGCAAAACAACGCAAAGGUGAUAAAAUACGACAUUACGAAUCGUAGUUACUUAAUUUUUGUUGAUACAUAAUAAGCAUUAAUUUACCGGAGAAGCAUGACUAUUUUUCGUCAAAAGGAAAAAAAAGAGGAAACCGGAAUAAUACAUUACACCCUCACAAAUAAUCGUCGUAAAGACAAAGGUCGCAUGUAUAAAACGUUAACGCGCUCUGCAAUUUUUCUGCAACGGCCGUAACGAGAGGCACCCUCCCGAUUCUCCUAAAGGUAAUGCGGGUUUAAUGCAUUACACCCCGACAAGCAAAUGACCGAUCGUUGCUUAUUUCGCUCUUCUUGCAGUCCUCUCUACCACUAAGAGCAAUUGAAAAGUAAACGAUAGACGAAUCUCUGGCAGUGCUGCGACGUCACUGAAAUUGUACACAAAAAUCCAGGACUAAAUUGCUCCAGAAAUCGA